GUAAAACCUGUAUGAUGGAACAUCUCUCUGUACGAAACAUCUCUUUGUAUUGGACAGUUCAGAAGAACCUUGUUAACUGACUUAACUGUCAAGGGAGUCUCUUUGUAAGGAACACCUGUCUAUGGGGAACAAUAUUUGGUCAGAACUGAGAGUGUUAGAUAAACACAGGUUUUACUGUAUCCCAAUUGCCAACUUCGAGUCUUUCAGUAAAUCGAGACUGUCAGGCAAGACGAUGCAUUGUACAAGCAAGUCAGAAGUCUAUAACUAUCGACCACACUCUCUGACCAAUCAAAAUUAAGUAUGCUGUUCAGGCCCGUAGCCAGGAUUUGCCAAGGGGGGGGGGUUCAGUUUUCAAAAAUUUCCAGGGGGGGUUCACAUUUGACAAUUUUGCCCCAAUUAUGGCUAAAGUCAUUUGAGAAGUGCUCAAAAUGGUGAAAACUGCAUUAUUUUGAAAGAAAGGGGGUUCGCCCGAACCAUGCGAGCCCCCCCCCCCUCUGGCUAGGGGCCUGCUGUUGAAUUCUGAUUAUGAACUGAUAUUGUAGUAAGGAAGAGAAAGAAGAGGAUGAGAAUGGAGAAGAAGAUGAGUUAGAUGAGGAUGGGGAGAUCAUUAAGAAAGAUCCUAAAGAAGAUGGACCUUGGCAGAGUGCUGGGUCAAUGGCACCACAACCUACACAACAAGAACCAGGUACAAGACAAGAUUCUCAUAUUCUUUGUGAGCCAAUUUUUCGUUUUCAUAUUUCUGUCUGAAUUAUUUGAUCUUAGUCACAGCAUUGUAAUAACUAGAAUGUUAAUCUAUCUAUUUCCAGUUGCUCAACCUCCACCUGAGCCUAAGCAAGAAGAGAAACCAGCCAGUACUCCUGGAAAAUAUGUCCCCCCUAGUUUACGUAAUCGUGAUACCACUCAAACCACAGCACCAUCUACCCAGAGUGCCAGACUAGCUGCCCUACGACGGAAAAAAGCAGCACCUAAUGUAAACAGCGAAUUAGAUUUCCCGUCAUUAGGUGGCAAGAGUGAGCAACUGAAACAAUAUGAACAGUAAGGGAGUUUUACAUUCACCUAUAUAUUUUCUUACCAUAUUCAAGUUAAUUGUAUUAAUUGUCUAAAAUUGUUAUAAAGGGAACCCCUCCAUCAGC